CUACGUCACAGGGAACUUACGAACGCCGCGCGUAGAGCGACGCCACUUCUAAACCGACCGCGCUUAGAAAACCCCCGAGGGCCGUCGUCGCCAUGGAUUACGGGGAAGAAAUGGACCGUGAUUAUGGACAUGGUGCCUAUAGUGCCCCAAGAGCUAUGGACUCUUAUAUGAAUCAGUCAUAUGGAAUGGAAAGCCAUGGAGGCAGCGGUGGAGGAGGAGGUGGUGCUGCCAGGUUUGGACCUUAUGAGUCUUAUGACUCCGGGUCUUCUCUGGGUGGGCGAGAUCUGUACAGAUCUGGCUAUGGUUAUAAUGAACCCGAACAAAGCCGCUUCGGAGGUAGUUAUGGUGGUCGAUUUGACAGCAACUACCGGAAUAGCCUUGACUCUUUCGGAGGUAGAAGCCAGGGCGGGUCUAGCUGGGAAGCACCUUACUCACGCUCAAAAUUGAGGCCUGGGUUUAUGGAGGACAGAGGAAGAGAGACUUACUCUUCCUACAGCAGUUUUUCUUCACCCCAUAUGAAGCCUGCACCUGUAGGCUCUCGGGGGAGAGGAACGCCUGCUUAUCCUGACAGUGGAUUUGGAAGCAGAAACUAUGAUGCUUUUGGAGGACCAUCAACAGGCAGAGGCCGUGGCCGAGGAUAUAUGGGAGACUUUGGAGGCAUGCAUAGACCUGGAAUUGUGGUAGACUAUCAUAACAAACCCAGUAAUGCAGCAGUAGCUGCACGAGGAAUAAAGAGAAAAAUGAUACAGCAGCCGUAUAAUAAACCAGGUGGGACAUUUAUCAAGAAACCCAAACUGACAAAACCUAAUGUGAAGAUGAACCAAAACAAACCUAGCGUCAAGCCAGAAGUAAAAAAUGAAGAAGAAGAAAAACGUCGAAUUGAGGCAAGAAGAGAGAAGCAAAGGCGUAGGAGGGAGAAAAAUAGUGAAAAGUAUGGUGAUGGUUACAGAAUGGCAUUCACCUGCUCAUUCUGUAAAUUUCGAACCUUUGAAGAGAAAGACAUUGAAGCUCAUCUUGAAAGUGUUGUACACCAGGAGACUUUAGAGCACAUUCGGAAACAGACCAAAUUUGACAAAGUUGUGAUGGAGUUUCUACAUGAGUGCAUGGUGAAUAAAUUUAAGAAGACGGCUAUGCGUAAACAGCAGACUACAAGCCAAAUGGAAGCUGCUCAGAUAACUGAAAAAGAUGUGAUGGAAGGUGUUACGGCUGAUGAUCAUAUGAUGAAAGUUGAGACUGUCCUUUGCUCUGCAUGCAGCGUCUAUGUUCCUGCACUACACAGUUCUGUUCAGCAGCAUCUAAAGUCUCCAGAACAUGCAAAAGGAAAACAGACUUACAAAGAACAAAUUAAAAGAGAAAGCGUUCUAACUGCUACCAGUAUUUUGAAUAACCCCAUAGUGAAGGCACGGUAUGAACGUUAUGUUAAGGGUGAAAAUCCAUUUGAAGUCACUGAUCAAAGUGCAGAACAGCAGGCAGAAGAAGAAGAAGAAGAAAAGGCAAAUGAACCUGCAGAAGAGGAGGAAGAAGAAGAGGAGGAGGAAGAAGAAGAAGCAGAAGAACAGACUGACUUCACCCUGGACCAAACGGAAGAUAAUUAAAUAGGAAAUAUUUUGCACAAGCAGAGGGAAGUCCUACUUUUAUUUUUCGGGUUCAUAUGGCUAACUGUAAAAUUUAUUAGCAAUUACAACAAGAUUAUUGUUAUUGUCAACCCUCUGCAUGUACUUCAUUUGAAGAAGUCGCUUUGUUUUCACUUUUGCUUAAAAAUUUUUAAUAGAACCUUUCUAGUGAUCUCGCUGUUAGAACUUCCUAUAUUGUGUAUCUUGUGAACAUUGAUUUUUUGUUUUUGUUUCUUGAUGUUAAGAUUUGGAUAUAAAUAAAGUAGUAAGUUUAAAUCAUUUCACCACAAAGCGUUUUAACUAAAUGCAGGGUAAAUAGUUCUAGAAGCCUAUUAAAUAUAGAAUUAUGUCGUGAGUGUGCCUGUCUCCUGGACUGUAUCACUCAUUGUAAAGUACAUGUUAUGACUUGUAUUUUUGUGUGUAUGUGUGAUUCAAUCUACUUGUUUGUAACAAUAAAACAUUUUAGAAAA